ACUCAAUAAAAAAAAUGCACGCACAGUGAGUCAGCAACACAUAGGGUGAUAUUGUUUGGGCACUCAAUUUCGCGGAACAAUACAGUACAGGGAAGAUUAGUUGAUGUGCGAUAUUGUACAAAACACUAGACAGUGUACAAAAACAGGCACAUUUUUGCAGAAAAUUUUUAAAUAAAACUGGAGGUGUGACUGCAUUUUCUUACGAAAGGUUCUGGGUUUCUUUUUGCAGGAGGUAAUAAUAUUUAGAGAGCAAACGUGCAUGAUCGUAGAAUCCUUUUCAUGGUGGGGAAAAAAACAUUAAUUGCAUAGGUGAAGAAUAGUAGAAGUUAGAUGUGUCUUUGUUCAAUAAUCAAUAAAUUCUAGGGAUGUUCCCAUCAGGAUUUUAUGCUGCCGAUUCUGAUACCAAUUAUCCAUGCGUGAGAUUGGCCGAUACCAAUCCCAUGGAUUAACUGUACAAUUCCUAGGGCCCCUGGCAAAUAGGCAAUUAUUAAAGAAUAAACUUUUGGGCGGAUAGUGUUUUUGCUUUUGUUUAAAUUUUGUUUUUUUUGCCUUUAUUUUUUAUGAAAGGAUUUUUGUACUACUUAACGCAAACGUGAAUUUAAUUUGAUGCAUAUUUUGGAGUAGUAUCAAUACAUGGCCAAUAAAUGGUUAGAUAAUUUAUUUUUUAGUUAAAGAUAACAAAGUGAACAGACUCAAAUAAUAUAAAUAAAUGUCUUUAUGAAAUAGAAAAGUGUCCUGCUUAAUUUAGAAGAGAAUAAAUUGAGUGUCCAGGUUGCAGGGGUCUCCAACUUUCAUCACUAUUAGAGCUGUCAUAUUUGUGUUUUUAUUUAUGGCUGGCUAUUUUGUGCUCAUUUGUCAUUAUAUAAAGGCAUAAAGUAUUAAUUCAACAGUUAUCAUUAAAAAAAAACGACUAAGAGUUGAAGCAAACAUUUUUUGAGCCUUUGUGAGCUACUCAAAAUCCGCUGGCAAGCUAAGAGACCCCGGUGAUGGUAGCAGCAUUAUAAGGCUGGACACAUUAUGUUUAUGUUCAUUAAACCCCUAAACAACAAACAACUUGUUUCGAGGACAAGGUAUAAUAAGUAUGACAACAAGACAACAAAAUUGUUCAGAGACACUUGAAAAAGUUAGUACGCGGCCCACGAAUGUGAUAUCCACUUCCUCGUGGGACAAAAACGAGCUCCAAAAUAACCGCAUUGCUUGUUUGUUUUAAAAACAAAAUGUCACUGUGAUAAACAGUCAUAUUUGCAGUCUGAAGACCAGAAGCUAGGCGAAUAACUGUAGCGAGUGAGAUAGCUGCCGCCAGUAACAGCUAGACAAAGCGUGUAAACAAAGAUGCAAGAGAAGUGGAACGGCAAUGGGUUUGAUGAGGGAGUAAUCAAACAUGUUGGCAUCGAGUGGCGUAGCCUGUGUCAGUCUGUCAAACUGAAGCCGUUGAGGUUUUACAGACUAGAGUUGAUUCUCACGGCAAUACGGCAAUAAUAAAAAAAUACCUUCUUGAAAGUAAAUUCGAAGGGUACACCAUUGAAGAACAGGACAGCCAGAUUAGAAUGAACCCUCCUGUGUUCUGAAAUUGCAUUUGUUGGAGACACAAAGCCAUGGUCGACUUGUAUCAGAAUGAAGGGAAGAGGAAAAUAUGGGGAAGGAAAGGAACAACUCAUGAGCCGAGCCGAGAGAGCACGCUUUUCACUUACAGAAGACAAAAGUGAAGUCAGCAUGACCCGCAAAUAAACAGCAAAUGAAGGUGACUGCAAAAGAUUUCCAUCCAACUCCUAAAACUUAUGUCUGCCGAGGUAUGCUGCAUACUCAUUUCUGUGAACGCUCUUUAAACUGAAAGUCUAUUUCAAACUCAUUGUAUUGUUGAAUAAAAGCCAACUGUAUGUGAGUAAAACAAGACUUUCAGGAAGCAGAUGAAGGAGGAAACUCCCCCCCCCCUUCCAUCCACUGAGAGCCUCCUCAGCAGCGGGACAGACAAGACGCACAAAGAGCGCCAGACACAGCUGACCUGCUAGACAAGCUUUGACAGACGCUCAUCUCCAGACUGCAGGGGAAUUAAAGCGUCGGUUUGGAGACUCUUUGACUGACAUUUAACUUUCAGGUCUGACAGCAGCAACAUGAGAGAGUGCAUCUGCAUUCAUGUGGGUCAGGCAGGUGUGCAGACAGGAAAUGCAUGCUGGGAGCUCUUCUGCCUCGAACACGAUGUCAGCCCCGAUGGGAACUUCCUGAACAGACCUGUGGCCCCAAACUCUCGUGAAGACCCCUUCAAUACCUUCUUCAAUACUGGCAGUUCUGGACGUCAUGUUCCAAGGGCAUUAUACGUUGACCUGGAGCCCACAGUGGUCGGUGAGAUGUACCAACAUAUGACACUGUAUAUGAGAUUUCAUAUAAUACGAUAUACAGUAUGCCAUGUCAUGAUAUGGUAUGAUUUCUUUUCAGAUGAAGUGAGAGUGGGAAAGUACAAAGAUCUUUUCCAUCCAGAGCAGCUGAUCUCUGGAAAGGAGGAUGCAGCCAACAACUACGCCCGUGGUCAUUACACCGUUGGUAAAGACAUCAUUGAUAGAGUCAUCGAGCGCAUUCGCAAAAUGACCGACCAAUGUGCAGGUCUGCAGGGCUUUCUUGUCUUCCACAGUUUUGGAGGAGGAACCGGAUCAGGAUUCACUUCCCUGCUAAUGGAACGUCUUUCUGUUGACUACAACAAGAAGUCUAAGCUGGAGUUUGCGGUGUACCCUGCUCCCCAGGUGUCCACUGCUGUGGUGGAGCCGUACAACGCCGUCCUGACCACGCAUACCACCUUGGAACAUUCUGACUGCGCCUUCAUGGUGGACAACGAGGCCAUCUAUGACAUCUGUCAACGCAACAUUGACAUUGAGAGUCCUGGUUACAUCAACCUUAACAGACUGAUCGGCCAGAUUGUUUCCUCAAUUACCGCCUCACUCCGUUUUGACGGCGCCCUUAAUGUUGAUCUGAUGGAGUUCCAGACCAACCUGGUCCCAUUUCCACGUAUCCACUUCCCUCUGGUUACGUACUCUCCCAUCAUCUCCGCUGAGAAGGCGUACCACGAGCAGCUGUCCGUGUCCGAGAUCACAAGCGCCUGCUUUGAGCCAACCAAUCAGAUGGUCAAGUGCGAUCCUCGUCAUGGCAUGUACAUGGCAUGCUGCAUGCUGUACCGAGGCGACGUCCUCCCAAAGGAUGUCAAUGCCGCCAUUGCAAAUAUCAAGACCAGACGCUCCAUUCAGUUUGUUGACUGGUGCCCAACUGGUUUUAAGGUUGGCAUCAAUCAUCAGCCUCCAACUGCAGUACCUGGAGGAGACUUGGCCAAAGUCCAGCGGGCGGUGUGCAUGCUGAGCAACACCACAGCCAUUGCUGAGGCCUGGUCUCGCCUUGACCACAAGUUUGACCUGAUGUACGCCAAGCGGGCCUUUGUCCACUGGUACGUAGGUGAGGGUAUGGAGGAGGGAGAGUUUGCCGAGGCCAGAGAGGACCUGGCCUGUCUUGAGAAGGACUACCAGGAGCUCGGACACAGCAGCAUUGACUCUGAAAAUUACGACGAGGACCAAGAAUAUUGAAAUUUGCAUGUUUUUCAUUACAUAAUUUGCGGUUAUGUUAUGUUGUUACGAUGAAAAAAAUAAUCUCUGAGCUUUACAUAAUGUUUUUGCAGCUUUGCAGUCUGAUUCUGUCAAGUUGAGUCUAUACAUUAAAAAUAAACAUUUGGGCUUUGCAGUGGGAGCAUCUUUGACUAGAAUUUUAUGUUGGAAAAUCUUAUUUGGGUUGAUUACACAUACAGUACAGGCCAAAAGUUUGGACACACACAACUGACGGUCCCAACCCCAUUAAUAAGGCAAGAAAUUCCACUAAGUAACCCUGAUAAGGCACACCUGUGAAGUGAAAACCAUUUCAGGUGAGAACCUCAUUGAGAGAAAACUAAAGGGUUUGCAGGGCUAUCAAAAAAGCAAAGGGUGGCCACUUUGAGGAAUCUAAAAUAUAAGACAUAUUUAAAGUUAUUUCACAUUUUUUUGUUAAGUACAUGAUUCCACAUGUGUUCAUUCAUAGUAUUGAGAAUCUACAAUGCAAAUAGUCAUGGAAAUAAAUAAAACGCAUUGAAUGACAUGGUGUGUCCAAACUUUGGGCCUUCUGUAUAUUAUGCAAAUAAACACACCAUUUUACCACUGUUGACAGCAACUCAGCAGGACUCUGCCUUUGGUGUUUGAAUCUACGUGUAUUUCUCCGUCAAACCCUUUAUUAAA